GAAAGAGAGAGGCCUCAGAUAACGUUAAGUUGGGUCCGAGUUGCACUAAGUAGAAACCCUUUGCCAGCCUGUACACAGCUGUCUUCCAAAGACUCCCAGCCUGUCUCUUCCCCCCUCCAAAUUCUUAACUCUAAACCCUGCCUCCCUCCUAUAUUCACCAACAAAUCCUACACCAGGACGAUGAACAUGGCAGAAGACGACCUAGGCAUUCUUUGGCUCUACUUCCUUUCCGCACUCUGUUGAUCUUCUUCAUUCCCACCUUUCCUAAAACCGUCGCCCAAGUUGAGUAAAGCUUUUCACAGUGUUUGCUCGAUUCCGAGCGAGCACUAAAAUAGGCCCUGAGCUAUGGAUCCGUGCCCUUUCGUCCGCUUGACUGUAGGUAAUCUGGCUUUGAAGAUUCCUGUGGCUUCUAAGCCCGCUCGUUCCGUUGUUCACCCCUCGUCUUCUCCGUGUUUCUGUAAAGUGAGACUCAACAAUUUCCCGCUACAAACCGCCGUCGUUCCGUUUAUCCCUCCGGAGAAUCAGUUCCCUGAUGGUCAUUUUCACACUGUAGCGGCAACGUUUCAUUUGGGCAAGUCCGAUCUCGACAAACUUGCCGGGAAAUCAUUUUUCGCCGCGAAACUAUGCUUGACUAUCUCGAUCUACACAGGGCGAAGAGGCACCACCUGCGGCGUCAGCUCCGGGAGGCUUCUGGGAAAAGUCUCCGUGCCGUUGGAUCUGGCGGGUACGGAGUCCCGGACCUGUACCGUUUUCCAUAACGGUUGGAUUUCCGUUGGUAAAGAAGCCAAAGGCUCGUCUGCGCAGUUUCACUUGAAUGUGAAGGCUGAGCCUGACCCCAGAUUCGUGUUCCAGUUCGACGGCGAGCCCGAAUGCAGCCCGCAAGUGUUUCAGAUCCAAGGCAACAUUAGGCAACCUGUUUUUACUUGCAAAUUCAGUUUCAGGAACACCGGUGACCGGACUCAGAGAUCCAGAUCGUUACAAUCAGAGGCAUGCACUGCAAGAAGCUGGUUAAGCUCGUUUGGGAGUGAGCGAGAGCGACCGGGAAAGGAACGAAAGGGAUGGUCGAUCACGGUCCACGAUCUUUCCGGUUCGCCAGUAGCCGCCGCGUCAAUGGUAACACCCUUCGUUGCGUCCCCCGGUUCGGACAGGGUUAGCCGGUCCAACCCUGGGUCGUGGCUCAUACUCCGCCCCGGUGACGGCACCUGGAAGCCAUGGGGCAGGCUCGAGGCCUGGCGCGAGUGCGGCGGAUCCGACGGCCUCGGCUACCGGUUCCAGCUGCUCCCAGACACCAGCGGCGGCAUGGGCGCGGCCGGCAUUGUGUUAGCCGACUCGACGCUAAGCUCCCACAAGGGCGGGAAGUUCGUCAUCGAGUUGGGGUCGGGUACGAACGGGAGAGCAACACCGGGAAGUGCGGCGUCACCGGCGUGCAGCCCAAGAAGCAGCGGAGACUAUGGGUACGGAUUGUGGCCGUACAGCAUGUACAGAGGAUUCGUGAUGUCGGCAAGCGUGGAUGGGGAGGGGAAGCGAAGCAGCAAGCCGAGCGUGGAGGUGAGCGUGCAGCACGUGAGCUGCACGGAGGACGCUGCGGUGUUCGUGGCUUUAGCGGCAGCCGUUGAUCUCAGCAUCGACGCCUGCAGGCUUUUCUCUCAGCGCCUAAGGAAAGAGCUAUGCCAGCCGCAGGAUUCGCUUUAAGGGCUGAUUUGAUUCUUCGACCAAUUUUCAAAAAAUACUCUUUUUGAUUGGUUUUUUUUAAUUUUAAUUUCAUCGGUGAGAUGUUUUUUUUUUUCAACUAACAGACCAAUGUACAAGAACUGUUGUACAGUGUGAGGGACAGUAGAGACAGUGUAGACAGGGCACGCUUUGUUUUUACUUGUGUGGCUUGUUUUUUUUUUUUCUUUACCCUUUUUUUCUUCGAAAAUAUGGGUUGUGUUUCUUUACUUUAGAUGAUGUGUCAGUGGCUGACUCCUUAAAUCUUUUUUCUUUUUGUAUUUUUAAUUUUAUGUAUGGAGUAUCUUCUAUAUUAAGUCAAUGGUUUGUUGGCAA